AUGGAGCUGGCCGGGAUUCAGAUAUAUCGGCUAUUGCUAUUGCUGCUUUAUUUCGGCGGCAUCUUGGCCUUCGGCGGGCACAGCCAUUGCAAGGACUGCGAUCAGUACAAGAAUACGGUGCCCGUGAGAUGCAAAUACUUGCUGGAGGCGGACCAUGUCUUCGAGCGAAAGUGCGGCGGGACAUAUCCCCUGAUGGCGUUCACCAAGUUUCGCGAUACCUUCGUGAAGACCGGCGAGCCGUUCGCCCUGUAUAUGCCGAAUACUUUGGACCAUGUGAUGGUGCUGAUGAAGGACUCGGCGCUGCAGAGCUGCGACCGCCUGCAGCUGGCCGAUGUGACCACGUUCUUCUGCCUGGACGAUAGUGCCAAUGAGACGAUCAAACUGGACGUGGCCCACAUGUACUGCUUCCCGUUUCACAUCCAGCUGCCGGACGACCUGAUGCAGGAGUGCCUCACGGAGAACAAGAUGAGCAAGCGGCACCUGGACGAUGUCCUCCGCACCCGACGCGGCGUCAUCCACUAUACCUUCGGCGAGAGUCGGGGCCACCGGUGGUUCAUUUCUGGAUAUUUCUGGCCACUUCUCCUCCAGCUCGUACAGCUCCUGCGGCUCCUCCUGCUCCAAUGAGUUGAUGAUGAGUCGUAAAUUUUUAUGCGAGCUGCCAUAAAGAUUGAUCGGUUAAGCCAAAGGGGAAAUGGCAUUAAACAAAAAUUGCUUAAAACAAAAAAGUGAACUAAAGUCAAUGGAUAUAUAUAUACAUGUAUGGAUUGAUUGGAAGCCUUAUCGCUGGCCUUGCUCCUGGCCAUC